CUGGCAGCGCCUGCAACGUGGCGUGUUGUGUGGCCGUCUAUCCCUAGGUCCCCGUUAUCGUGCCAGAUUCCGGGGCAGGAGUUGCUCGGCGGCCUACCCCCAACCCCUCACAUCUUCCCCACCACGCGGCCGUUGGGUGCAGCGCGCGCAGCACCACGCGGGCAGGCGGCGAGGAGCAGGGAGCCUGCGCGCCUCUUGCCCCCCCGCGGGCCGCAAGAUUCCGGAGGUGGUCCACCUACCUCUCUUCUGCUUCUUUCCCCUCGCCCAAACGGCAGCCACUCCGCAUUGCUUCCUGUCCUUUGGCGCGCGCACCCGUCACCUCACGCUGCACUUCUUUCGACCCUCUCCAGGCGACCCUGUAUUUCCCUUUUUUCCCCCUUUACUCAUCCUUCCCCUUCCUGCCACCAUCCUGUCUCUCCCAUUUACCCCAUCGUGGCAGCACCCACUCCCCUUUCCCUCUGUGUCGCAUCUUUUGUUCCUCUAUGGCGCGCAGGUCACCCUCCCUUUUCUUCAUGGGGACGCGGUGCUGGCGCGCAGUUUCCCGCAGAAAUCCUGUUGAGGGGUCUGAGCGGCGCUACAGCUUCAGCUUGUAUUCCUCUGUCAGCCCCAUCUCCCCCAGGUCCUCUGCUCGCCCUUACCAGUUGAGCCGAACCCUUUGGAUUGGUAUCCCAUGGAACACCAGGGCCCCCGAGAAGCGUGGCGCUGGCGGUGCCGACCUGCUGCCGGCACUGCCGGGCCGGGGCGCCGCAGUGGGCGAGUGGCCUGUGGGAGAGGAGCGCAAUGACGCCUGGGGGUGGCCGUGUGUUGCCAUCCUGGCCUCUGCCUCAUGAGGGUGAGGAGGAAGGAGGCAGUGGGCUUUGCUGGAAAAUCGUAACAGAAACUGCCUGGCCCUCCUGCGGCUAACUGCAUGCAAGAUGGGUGUGGCCCUGCAGAAGGCAGAAGACUUCUUGAGGCGUUCCGACCGGAGAAUGAAUCUCAGUAGAGUGGGAAUAGCUUUGCGAAAAAUGGGGGCAAUGGCCAAGCCAGAUUGUAUCAUCACUUGUGAUGGCAAAAACCUCACCAUAAAAACUGAGAGCACUUUGAAAACAACACAGUUUUCUUGUACCCUGGGAGAGAAGUUUGAAGAAACAACAGCUGAUGGCAGAAAAACUCAGACUGUCUGCAACUUUACAGAUGGUGCAUUGGUUCAGCAUCAGGAGUGGGAUGGGAAGGAAAGCACAAUAACCAGAAAAUUGAAAGAUGGGAAAUUAGUGGUGGAGUGUGUCAUGAACAAUGUCGCCUGUACUCGGAUCUAUGAAAAAGUAGAAUAAAAAUUCCAUCAUCACUUUGGACAGGAGUUAACUAAGAGAAUGACCAAGCUCAGUUCAAUGAGCAAAUCUCCAUACUGUUUCUUUCUUUUUUUUUUCAUUACUGUGUUCAAUUAUCUUUAUCACAAACAUUUUACAUGCAGCUAUUUCAAAGUGUGUUGGAUUAAUUAGGAUCAUCCCUUUGGUUAAUAAAUAAAUGUGUUUGUGCUAAUA